UUUGGCUUCCAAUUAGGAAUAGCACUGGCUUGCUAGCAAGUACCGAGGAGGAGGAUUUUAAAACCAGUGCUCCAGUCCCAAAGCCCGCAUCCUCCUUCUGCCUGGCACCCCCCCAUUCAUGAGCGAGCACAAGGAGCCAGGGGGUGCUGGGCUCCGCUCCGGCGGUGGGGCGCGCAGAGGCCGGCGGAGGUGCUUAGUGGGGCCGCAGGCACGCGUGCAGUUGGCGGGCGGGCGCCUCCGCACCCUCUGCGGCCCGCGCGGACCGAAGUGGUCUGAAAGAAUUAUCCAGGAUUCCUGUUCCCAAACGGGCUGGGAGCCGCCUCAAAUGCCGAGAAACUGAAGAGCAACCGUCGGGAAUUAUGAUGUCGAUUUUCCAAGGAACCGGGUUUGCAGCGAGGAACAGAAGAAAACUCGGAAUAGAAGAAAACUCGGAAUAGAAGAAAACCUGAGGGGUUCUGCCAGCAUCUCAAAUCUAGAGACCGCCAGGGUUGCCCAAAUUGCCGUGGAUGAACAAAUUUCCUACACUUGCAUCUUAUGUCUUCAAAGAAAAUAUUUUCUGUUCGCUGCACUGGCUUUUUACUGUCAUCCGCACACUGUCUCUUGUGCAGACUUCAGGUUUUCAUUCAAUGUCCGCGUUUGUGUUUUCGCCUAGUAUGAUCUCUAGUUGAAAGCUGAUCUUGGGUUUUGUAUGAAUCUGUGGAGUUUACGCUGUAAGAAGAAAGGGGGAACCAGACACAAUGAAAGAAAAGUCCAAAAAUGCUGCUCGGACUAGGAGGGAGAAAGAAAACAGUGAGUUUUAUGAACUGGCUAAAUUAUUGCCUUUGCCCUCGGCCAUCACCUCGCAGCUGGACAAAGCAUCCAUAAUCAGACUCACCACCAGCUAUCUCAAAAUGAGAGUGGUGUUCCCAGAAGGGCUGGGGGAGGCAUGGGGCCAUUCCAGUCGCACAAGUCCCCUGGACAACGUUGGCCGUGAACUGGGUUCCCAUCUACUCCAGACGUUGGAUGGCUUCAUCUUUGUGGUGGCCCCAGAUGGGAAGAUCAUGUACAUCUCAGAGACAGCCUCAGUCCACCUGGGUCUUUCUCAGGUAGAGCUGACUGGAAACAGCAUUUAUGAAUACAUUCACCCAGCAGACCACGAUGAGAUGACUGCGGUGCUCACCGCACACCAGCCGUACCACUCUCACUUCGUACAGGAGUAUGAGAUCGAGCGCUCUUUCUUCCUGAGGAUGAAGUGCGUUUUGGCCAAGCGGAACGCUGGACUCACCUGCGGUGGCUACAAGGUCAUUCACUGCAGCGGCUACCUGAAGAUCCGCCAGUACAGCCUGGACAUGUCCCCCUUCGACGGCUGCUACCAGAACGUGGGCCUGGUGGCCGUGGGCCACUCGCUGCCUCCUAGCGCGGUCACCGAGAUCAAGCUGCACAGCAACAUGUUCAUGUUCCGCGCUAGCCUUGACAUGAAGCUCAUCUUCCUGGACUCCAGGGUGGCGGAGCUGACGGGUUAUGAACCUCAGGACCUGAUCGAGAAGACCCUGUACCACCACGUGCACGGCUGCGACACCUUCCACCUGCGCUGCGCUCACCACCUGCUGCUGGUGAAGGGGCAGGUGACCACCAAGUACUACAGGUUCCUGGCGAAGCACGGCGGCUGGGUGUGGGUGCAGAGCUACGCGACCAUCGUGCACAACAGCCGCUCGUCGCGGCCGCACUGCAUCGUCAGCGUCAACUACGUCCUCACAGACACUGAGUACAAGGGGCUACAGCUCUCUCUGGAUCAGAUCUCAGCCUCCAAACCAGCCUUCUCCUACGCCAGCAGCUCCACCCCCACCAUGACUGAUAGCAGGAAGGGGACCAAGUCGAGGCUCUCCAGCUCAAAGUCAAAAUCCAGGACGUCUCCUUACCCCCAGUAUUCGGGAUUUCACACGGAAAGAUCGGAGUCGGAUCACGACAGCCAGUGGGGCGGGAGUCCCCUGACCGACGCGGCCUCCCCGCAGCUCCUGGACGCGGCCGAGCGCCCCGGCUCGCAGCACGACGCGUCCUGCGCCUACCGGCAGCUCUCGGACCGCGGCGCGCUCUGCUACGGCUUCGCGCUCGACCCCGCCCGGCUGGUGGAGGAGCGGCACUUCCACGGCCAGGCCUGCGAGGGCGGCCGCUGCGAGGCGGGCAGGUACUUCCUGGGAGCGCCGCAGGCCGGGAGGGAGCCCUGGUGGGGCUCCCGCGCCGCGCUGCCGCUGACCAAGGCCUCCCCGGAGAGCAGGGACGCCUUCGAGGGCGGCGCGCACCUCGCCUCUGCGCCCCGGAUCCACGGGCGAGGUCAUUGGGAUGAAGAUAGUGUGGUCAGCUCUCCAGACCCUGGCUCAGCCAGUGAAUCAGGUGACCGCUAUCGCACUGAACAGUAUCAGAGCAGCCCACAUGAACCUAGCAAAAUUGAAACUCUGAUAAGAGCUACCCAGCAAAUGAUUAAAGAAGAAGAGAACAGAUUGCAACUAAGAAAAGCCCCCUCAGACCAACUGGCGUCCAUGAACGGAGCAGGGAAAAAACACUCCCUCUGUUUUGCAAACUACCCCCAGCCCACACCAACAGGUGAAGUCUGCCACACCUCUGCUUUGGCCAAUACUUCACCGUGUGAUCACAUCCAGCAGAGGGAGGGAAAGAUGCUGAGCCCCCAUGAAAAUGACUAUGACAAUAGUCCCACUGCACUGUCUCGGAUAAGUAGUCCCAAUUCUGACCGCAUUUCAAAAUCCAGUUUAAUCCUAGCUAAAGACUAUCUGCAUUCGGAUAUGUCUCCUCAUCAGACGGCGGGAGACCAUGCUGCUGUUUCUCCAAAUUGCUUUGGCUCUCACCGGCAAUAUUUUGAUAAGCAUGCUUACACAUUAACUGGUUAUGCCCUGGAGCACUUAUAUGACAGUGAAACCAUUAGAAACUAUUCCUUGGGCUGUAACGGCUCACACUUUGAUGUAACUUCCCAUCUGAGGAUGCAGCCAGACCCAGCACAAGGACACAAGGGAACAUCUGUUAUAAUAACCAAUGGAAGCUGAUGUUUUUUUUUUUUUUUUUUUCCUUUGGAAAAAACUUUGUUCUUCAAGGAUCUUGGAAACAUAUUUAUAGUUUAAUGCCCCAUUACCAGCAUUUAGUAUGCCACAGAUUGUUAGGAUAACAAUGAAUGGGUAUUUGACACGUGUUCCUGUGAAAUCAAAGAAGAAAAUAACACUAACUUUCAGGGUUAUAUACAGGGAGCUAACGUGAACACAUAAAUUGCCCCUCUAACUACAUGAGAACCAGAAUAGGUAUAUUUUGAAUGGUAAAGUGCUCAUGUAAAUCAAGCAAACAUGUACUCCACGUGAAAGGGCUGAUGAAUGACACUGUACUGUGGUGAUCCAGUGAAAUCCAUAGACACAGACUGUUGUUCACAAACAUCUGUGUACACGUUACAUGCAGAAUUAGAGAACAUAUGCCAUAAGUAUACCCCAAAUGGGUACCUUUCCUUAACUCUACCACAUUAAGGUUCUUAAAUGAAUUUCUGUUCCCAACGUAACUAAGGAAGAGAGGGAUGUGUCUUAUAAGCUGGCUUCUUUGUGAUUUCAAACAAAUCAGCCCACUUGGUUCAGGCAUAAAUUAGAGAACUGGUUCUGGCUGUGGUGCAAGAAUGAAUUUUCACCUGGUAUCCAUUAUAAGCAAUCAGGAAGUGGUGAUUUUUCACCUUACUUUUGAGUUAGACAAGGACUAGGUUCACACUGACAUAGCAGUACGGGUUUUUCUAAAUAACAGCAUUGAGAUGUUGGGAGACACAUCAAAAACAUGGUGUGCUCAAUUGGAAGGUAGUUUAGUAAGGAUGGAAAGACCAGAGGCAGAGUGGAAUGAAAUUACAUCUUCACACAAACAACUUAAUGCUCAGAAUAGGUAAACAAUAUAUUUUGGGAUUGCUAACAAAACCAAUGAGAUAAAAACAUUCAAACCAAUUCCCCAAGAAAAAAGGUUGAGAAGUGCGAAAGCAACUAAGGAAAGCCAGUGACGUGCUGUAGGACAUGCUGUAUGCCGUAUAAGUGUUUAAAAAUAUUUCAAAGCACAGAUGUGUCAGUGUGUCAGCAUGUGGAAAGCCUCUGGAGAGAAUCUAAGAUGAAAGCUUAGGCAAAUAGACAAGUGUUUGAAAAGGGGAGAGGAGUAGGAGCUUCUGACCGAAGGAACAGCCAGAUGUUUGUUUUCUUUAUUGUUUGUAAACAAUGAAACAACAAACUUGGUGUUACAGCUGUGUAGUACUAAGCAGGUGUCUGGGUUCAUUAAGCAGGUGUGGUCACAGUAAACUUUCUCUUAGAUCCAGCCAAAAUUUAGGUGAUAGAAGAUUUUUAAGGGGGAGAAAAAUACUAACAUUUCUUUAAUACGAGGUUCUCCAGUAAUCCAAGCAAAAUGACAUGAAUGAUGAGAGAAAUUUCACUGAUAGUAUUUCAUAAGGGUCCCGUUCCUGUAAAUCUUUCCACAUUCCAAGAAGGGUAUGCACUGAAAGAAUUUGAUCUACAAUUUUGAAAACAGAACAUGACAUUGGACCCUUAGGGAUUAGUAGUAUAAUUUCAACAUUUAAUAUGGGUAUUUGACAGUUCAUAGGUUGGUGACAGUCUGCAUGAUGAUAUUUUGAGAGGUGAACACCAGGUUGUUUGUACAUGAGUGAAGAGGCUGUAUAAAAUUAAAUAGCUUUCUUGGGUGUGGGAGAACAUUUGCCAGUGUAAAUACAAAAAGGUGCAAGUAGGUGAGAAAGGUAGUAGUUAUUGUGUAUACUUUCAAAAAUGUUCCAAGUACAACAAAAACUAAAUUUUAAACUAUAUAAGAAAAAUUAUUGAGUCACUUUGAGAAAAUUAUUUGUGAGAACCCCCCAGAAAAUUUAAAAUAGAUUUUUGUCAGUUUGCAUCAAAUAAGGUAUUAGGAAUGCUACAGAUUUUGCAAAAUUGUGUAGAUGGAGAAACAUUUCAAAGACAAAAAUAUCUGACAAAUAUGACAGAUUUGGAAAGGAAAUCUCUAUCAGUGGGUUGUACUGAUGGAUGUAUUCACCCAAAUGUGGCAGCAAUAGAUAUUAUUAGAGCAAUGGAAGCUUGAAAACCAAGGAAAUGAACUGAUAAUUUAAAAAAACCUGUUACUAAGGGGACUUCAGUGACAUUUUUUUAUAUGGCAAAUAGUUAAUUAGUGGAAGGAAUAAAUUAUGAACUCCCAAAGAUAGGCGUUAAUCAGGAGGAAGAAGGUUUCUUAAAGUGGUAUGCUCAAUAUUUUUAAUGGAAGACAGAAUUAACUAAAUUUCUUUCUUUUUGGUCCUGGGGAUUGAACCCUAGGUCUUGACGAUGAGCUACCCACCUAGCCCUUUUUAUUUUUUGAAACAAGUUCUUACUCAGUUCUCUAGGUUGGGCCUGAACUUUUCAUCCUUUUGUCUCAGCCUCCCAAGGAGCUGGGAUUAUAGGCAUGUGCCACCGCACCUGGCCUAAAUUACAUCUUGCUUAAAAAUGUUGAUAGAUUGACCCAGUUUAAAAUGCAUAACCAUUUAUUUAAUGUCCUGAGUGUCGAUAAUUUUAUUAGAUCACACACUAUGCAUUAGAGACUCAGUGUUACAUACCUUACAUUUUUUGCAAUAUGGCAUGAUUAUUGCAAAAUGGUCCAAAAUAAAUUGACAUUUUAUGACAAGGCAACUUCCCACUAUUCAUGUAGAUGUAUAAAAUAUAUUUAUAAUUUAUUUUUUCUGUUCAGGAGCAUGUUUCCUCAUAAACAUGAUGUCAUCUGUAUCUUAAAAACAUAGGAUGUAAAAUACAUAUGUUCCGAGUAAUUAAAUCAGUUAAAAAUUAAACUUAACUUGGCUUUUUGGAGGGGAUGAAACAGGGUCUCACUCUGUAGUUGAGGCUGGCCUAGAACUCCCUAUGUAGUCCAGGUUGGCCUCGACCUUGUGGUGAUCCUCUAGAGUGGAUGUGUCACCAUGUCUGUCUAUACUGGCUUUAUUUUUAUCUUUGAUUUCCAUAAUUAUGCUAAAAUGCUAAAAACCAUGGCAUUGAAUGAAAAAGAUAUGCUUUUUAUAUCACUUUGGGCAUUCAUAAAAAUUUGCUAUAUCCAAUUAUCCUGGUACAGUAUGUAGCAAUUUAUUAGAUGUCACCAAGCUGAUGUUCUUUAGUAAUAGUAAAAAGAUAUGUUGCCCAUUUUGCCUGUUUUACCCAAUUUGAAAAUUUGGAUGACCAAAAAACCAAAUGAAUAUUUCCCAAUAUUCCUUGGGGAAAAUUGUGUUAAAACCAUUAUUGAGAAUAUAUUGAUUGGAUGAAUUAGUUUUGGAUACAUGAUAUUAAGAUCGUAGUCACUGCAGACCAGAUAUUUAAGUGUGCUUCAGCCCCAAAAGUCUUUUGGCAUAUUAUGCUGAAUCUAAUGUGCUAGUUUUUCUAAACUGUAAUUGCCUGAUACAAGAUGUUAUGACAGUGCUGAUGGGACAUUCAAAAUGAGAUGUAAUAAAUGACUCACCUUCAGUGUUUAUAUGGAAAACCCACUUAUUAGUUACUGAUUGUAUUUUUUACAGGGCUAUGAUAUUUCCACUGGGUUCCGUUCUUAAUUCUUUCUACACCCUGCUGCUACAUGCUACCUCUAGGCAGAGAAUCCUACUUAAAAUAAGUUUUAGUGGGACCUGGUAGAAAAAGGUAAUAUGUCCCAUUUUUCUUUCUUUUUUAGAGUGAAAGAUGAAGAUCAAUUCUAAUACAAAAAUCACUUGGAAAAUAUGUGUGGAUAUUUUAAAAUGAAAUGAAAGAGCCCCUCCCCCAAGACCUAGACCAAAUUAGUUUGAUCGAAGAUAAUACAGCUCAAGAGACAUUCUGAAUGCAGAUUAGAUAUUUUACAGCUCUCUCUGUCUCUUUCAAGAGUAGGGUGUUAUUAAGAAAUUCAGUGCAAUCUGUUAGUACUAGUCGUACUUGGGAGUGACAGAGUGAAUGCUGGUAUUUAGAAAACUGAGUAUCCAUCUGAGAGUGACUCGCCUUGUCUGGAGGAAUAGCUUACACGUUAAUACAGUCCUGAUUUUAAAAGUUUGGAUGCCAAGAUUUGGCUCCCUGGUUCACUGAAAUCAUAGAUGUAGAUGAACAUCCUCAGAUCACAGUGACUUAAAAAGAAUGCAAAUGCUGCAUUCCUCCAAAUAAAUGAUUCAACUUUCAUGUAAAUGUCACUUUUGUGAAUAGGGAUAUAAGUCUAAACAAAAAAGAAUCUAUUGGCUAAUUCUUACUGUGAAACAAACUGUGGCUAAAGCAUCAUUCUAAAUUUUAAAUGAAUUACAGAACAUCCAUGGACACAUGCAAAAGAUAUACAUAGAAAAUGUUCUUGAGGAAAAUUUUUGUGUGGUGCCCAUUUCUUGUGCACAAAGAUUGUACGGGUAGUGCUUAAAGGUGAGAUUGUACUCAUUUCCAAAUAGGUGUUUGUUCAGAGUUCCUUCUCUAAGAUUGUACGCAGAAAGGAUACACAUACACCGCCCCCCCAGGUAUGGUUUUUGUAUCACCUUAGGGAUUUUAAAAGAUGUACCAUAUCCAAUUUUAUAUGUAAACCAUCCACAGAAGAAACCCUACUUGAUACUUUAAAACCAAACAUUUGUAGUUUUAUUUAUUGCAACUUUGCUGCAUGGGAAUUUGCUUUUGUAACCCUAGAUGGGAGCCGUUUGUCUUAAUUUGCUGACGUGGGACACAUUUAAUCACAGUUAAAUUCACACCUAACAAUCCUCAAAUCAUUUCAGAAGAAAUGAAAUUGGCCUGGAAAAAUUUUUUAGAAGUACUGUAACUUUUUUUCAUUUUUUCCAAAGGGA